AUGUCAUCCCCAGGCCAUAGCUCUGGUCCCUCUGGUGCCUCGGGAGCCUCUGUGGAUCGAACAGCAUCCUCCUCCGUGGUCCCGGUCUCGGAGCCACCAUUGACAGACCAGCCUCUGUCAGAAGACCCUGGACCCAGCUCAUCUUCACACCCUGAGCCUUCCGCGGAGAUAAAUGCAGACCAGUCCAUCGAAGUUGAUAGGUCGGCAGACUUGGACUCCGCCUACGGUGAUUCCCUGUACGCAACUCCGAGGAAGCUCAAGGGAAAACAACGACUGAUGAGAAACAGACAUAGUGAUUUGACGUCCUUGGCGUCCAGCAUCACCCGAGGUGUCUGGGAAUAUGGUCGACGAUACCAUUCUUAUGGCCGAUCUCAAUAUGCUUUCCCAAAUGACGACGCCGAGGCGGAGAGAUUGGACAUGCAACAUGCCAUGCAGACCCAUCUGCUAGGCGACCGACUGUUCUGGGCCCCGAUCGAUCCUAACCCUGCCAGAGUGCUGGAUCUCGGAACAGGCACGGGCAUCUGGGCGAUUGAGUUUGCCGACAUGUUCCCCUCUGCCGUCGUCACCGGCACCGAUCUGAGUGCCAUCCAACCCGACUGGGUCCCUCCGAACUGCAGCUUUGAGAUCGACGACGCAGAGGCCGAGUGGACGUGGAACGAAGCCAGCUUUGACUAUAUCCACAACCGCAAUUUUGUCUGCGCAAUUCGAGACUGGCCGAAGCUAAUUCGCCAAUGCUACCAAUUCGUCAAGCCUGGUGGCUGGGUUGAAUGGCACGAAAAACAUCCCUACCUCCUCAGCGACGAUGGGUCUCUACCAAAAGAUUCAGCUCUGUAUCAAUGGGGUGCCAAAUUCUUCGAAGCCAGCAUCGAAUUCGGCACAGACGCUCGCUCGCCUCAGCACCUGAAACGGCUCAUGGAAGAAGCAGGCUUCGUCGAUGUGCAAGAGCACAUUCUCAAACUUCCUGUCGGGCCGUGGGCCAAAGAUCAGCGACUCAAAGAGGUGGGCCUGUUCGAGACGGUCAACAUGACGGAGGGCAUCCAGGGAUUGACUAUCAAGCUCUUCACAAGGUGUCUGCACUGGACAGCCGCCGAGGUCGAAGCCUUUCUGUUGCAAGUCCGCAAGGACGUCAAGAACCGUGCUAUCCACAGCUACUAUCAUUUAGGGUAA